GAAGUGCCUUUCGGCAAAGGGUUUCCGGGCACUCUGGACUGUAACCCUCGCUAGCAAUGGCUGCGUCUUUGGUUGGGAAGAAGAUCGUGUUUGUGACAGGAAACGCAAAGAAGCUGGAGGAGAAUCUCAGUAAACCUAGAGUGUGCUAUUUGGUGGGGUGGGCAGCUCAAGCAAUCCUGUCUCUGCCUCCUCCAGUGCUGAGAUUACAGGUCACUCAGAUUCUAGGAGAUAAGUUUCCAUGUACUUUGGUAGCCCAGAAAAUUGACCUGCCUGAGUACCAGGGAGAACCGGAUGAGAUUUCCAUACAGAAGUGUAAGGAGGCAGCUCGACAGGUGCAGGGCCCGGUACUGGUAGAGGAUACCUGUCUGUGCUUCAAUGCCCUCGGGGGACUGCCUGGCCCCUACAUAAAAUGGUUCCUGCAGAAGCUGAAGCCUGAAGGUCUCCACCAGCUCCUGGCCGGCUUUGAAGACAAGUCAGCCUAUGCACUCUGCACAUUCGCUCUCAGCACCGGGGACCCAAGCCAGCCAGUGCUCCUGUUCAGAGGCCAGACCUCGGGACAAAUUGUGGCUCCUCGAGGCAGCCGGGACUUUGGCUGGGAUCCCUGCUUUCAGCCUGACGGAUAUGAGCAAACGUAUGCAGAGAUGCCGAAGUCUGAGAAGAACACCAUUUCUCAUCGGUUCCGGGCCUUGCACAAGCUGCAAGAGUACUUUAGUGUGUCUGCUGGGUCUGGCGACCACUAGGGCCAUGGGCAGGGCUAGUGCACAACUCCCCAGGAGGCAGGCCCUCCUGCAUGGAUCCUCUGGGUGUCCCUCUGCCAGGGAUCCAGGC